CGUCUUCUCCUCUCUCUCCCUCUCCAUUUCUGGCAAAAACCUAAUUUUCUUUAGCCAUGAACAGGCUUGUCUACCCAUUUUCAUACACGAAAACUUUGUCCCUACGUCCGCUUACCUGUGCGUUCUGUCGUUGACAGGGAAAAUCUCCAUUUUCUUGUUUCAAGGCGUGGAUUGAUCUUCAAAGACUAGGAGUGGUCGAACCAUUUUCGGUAAUACCCAAGCCAAAUCACGUGAAGAUCUGUUUGGAUUUCAACGGAUCCAUUUUUGAUUCGUUUUUUUUUUUUUUGAAAAACCGUAGAGCAUAAAUCCCGCCCAAUUCGAACCCCAGCAAACCCUAAAAAUUCUCCUACAAAUAUACGUUUCUUGACCCAUUUAAGGGAGUUCUUUUUGGCCACCUCAAUCCCCUGAAAAUAUCAAUCAGUUUCUUUGUUUCUUGAUAUUGAUUUGAAAUACAAAACAUUUUUUUGCUCUGUUGCUAUUUCGAAUCCGAGUGCAUGCGAACUCGGAGAUAUUAAUAUUCGAGUGUGGAUCCAACACCCCGCAUCUUUUUCACUGCACCCGAAGAAGACAUCCUACUGUUGCACCACUAGUGGUGAAACCAAUGCCAGGCAGGCCCAAAAAGAAGAGAAGGAAAGAGCAAAAUGAAACAAAGAAGUGUGGGAAAUUACCUAAAAGUGGUAUUACUAUGACAUGUGGUCUCUGCCAUGUUAAGGGUCACAACAGAAGUGGGUGUCCUUUGAAAAAUGUUGCUUCAUUUGUUCCAUCAAGUUCAACACCAAAUGUGGGCAGACCAAAGAAAACAACAACUAUUGAAGUUGAGCUUGCAAUAGAGAGAGGAAGAGGCAAACCUAAGAAAAAUACAGUUGCUGCUGAAGUUCCAUCUGCAACUAACACAACACCAAAUGUGGGCAGACCAAAGAAAACAACAACUGUUGAAGUUGAGCCUGCAGUAAAGAGAGGGAGAGGCAUACCUAAGAAAAAUACAGUUACUAACACAACACCAAUUGUGGCACAUGAAACUUCUUCAAGAGUUGCUGAAAGUACAAAAAGAACCAGAGGUACUAAAGGUGGUAGAGGAAGUGGAAGGGGUGCGGGGAGAAAUGUGGGAGGAGAAAAGGUUAAUCACCUACUUGAAAGUUGGUUCAACUGCUCUGGAAGUACUACUACACCUGGUUCAACAGCUGCACCUAGUUCAACUGCUGCAACUAGAGGAAAAAGAAAAAGUGUGGGAACAAAUGUGGGAGGGUAUGUUAAUCAUCCACUUGAAAGUUGGUUCAACUGCUCUGGAAGUACAGUUGCACCUAGUUCAACUGCUGCAACUAGAGGAAAAGGAAAAUGUGUGGCAAGAACAACACCAUAUAAAAGGCCAAGAGCGAUGGGAGUAGGUGUGUUUCAAGCAAAGAAUGGCUUCACAACUUUUAAUCCUGGACUGCCAAGUCAAAGAAUAGUAUCUACUGGACCAAAAAUAAUAAUAAGAUCAGCUGAUGUAACUGGUGAUAUUGGUUUCAAACCAACAAGUACACUGAAGUGGAAGGGAGCUAAAGCACUCACAACAAGAAGGACUCAAGAGGUUAGAGAUCAAGUAAGGGCUAAAGCAAGGCAAAGUACCAAUCCUUCACUGCCAAGAGACCCAUGGAAGAUCUAAUGUUAAGUGCCAGCUGGAAGUGUUGUAUUUUGUUUGUUUUAAGCUACACUAAGACUUAAUACUUUGAAGUGGUAUUCAGAAGUACCAUAUGUUUUUUGUUAUGUUGGAAAUGGUACUAAAUUCUGCUAUUUACACCCAAUGUUUAAGAAGUGUU